AUGUUCCGACGAGUGCUUUCUACCACCCCUCAUUCAGUUGUCAGAGCUACAACGAAAAUGAGGCCUCCAUUCUUCACGCCUGCUCAAGCAUCUAUUCGUGUACUUCCAGUUCCUGCUAAGAGGAGCUAUCAUGAAAAAGAUAAGUAUUGCCCGGAUGUUUUUUUUUCAAGACUGUUUUAUGCAGUUUUUAUGUUCUCUCCCAAGUGGCUUGGUGCCAUUGCCAGCUCAAGUUACCUAACAGAACUUGUACGCGGGAUGACUUUGGAGGAGGCCUCUAAGAUCCGGAAUACGGAGAUUGCAAAGGAGCUUUGCUUGCCUCCUGUUAAGCUGCACUGCUCUAUGCUUGCUGAAGAUGCUAUCAAAUCAGCAAUCUCCAAUUACUACACGAAAAAUCCUAAGGCAAAAACGACUGAUCUUUCCGGAACAGCUUCAGCAAUCCCUGAUGUGGAACCUGGUCAGUCAUCUGCAACCACAAGUGCCCAAUCAGCGAGCAAUUGA